AUGGAUUCAACCAUGAUGUGGAUUGUGCACAAUGCGAUGAACAAAGCUCAUGCGAAAAUGAAAUCGAAGGGAGGCGUUCUUGAGCGCUUGAAUGGGAUUUCGAGGUUCUAUGAAUUGGCGGCAAUGCAAUUGGAGGGGUGCUUGACGUUUGUUAGAAAAGAAACCAGCUACAUUCUGGAGAGCAGUGAUGAGCAGGUGCUUUCGGACUUGAGCGAGAUUCGUGACCGCCUUCAGCUGCGUCUGAAGGAGUCUGAGAUGGCUAUCAAGGACAAGGACCGGGAGUUGGCUUCUCUGCGAGCGAAUCCCAACAAGCCUGUGAGGUCAAAGAGUGAUCCUCUUGAGGAGUACAUGGUUAGUAAUCGAGUGAGUCAAGAGGAUGGUGGUGGAGAUAGUGAGAUUUGCGAGCUGAAGAAUUCGGUUGAUCAGCAGGUCUGGCAUAUCAGACAACAGCUUGAACCUGAGUACAAGUCUAAGGAGGGGAAUGCAGAAGUACUAGAAGGGUUGAACAAUAAGAAGAUUGAGCAUUUGGAUUCAGACAUAGGGGUGUUGAAGGAGACUUUGGAUCUUGCUUUUGGGAAAAUGCAGAAAGCGAUUUUUGGUUCUGAGGUUAGGCCAGUAGAGCAGCAAUGGCAAGAGGCUGUGGAGAGACAUACAAUGUCUCUUUUGAUUGAAGGGUUUAUGAAGGAUUUCCGAGAACAUGUUGAAGAACAAGUGUGCAAGAAGCAAGAGAAGCGGGUUUGUUUUGGCCUGAAGGGGUACUGGUCUGAUUUGAUGAAUGAGGUUGAGAACUUGCGUCGUGAUUUAGAGCCUUUGACUCUUCAAAAUGAGGUGCCGAAGUCUAAGACAAGUCACGAAAAAAGUUCAGCAGAUGAUUCAGAUCAUGGAAAGCUUGAAACGCAGCAGUCCUCAAAGGGUGAAGGACUCAUGCAAGAGGGACAUGAAGAGGAAAAAAGAGAGGAGGAAGGCCACUUGGUUUCGAAGAUGAUAAAGAAUCAUGAAUCAAUUAUCCAGAAGAAAAGUGCAGAGGCAGAAGAGCUGAAUACUCUAAAGCGUGAAAUUCUUCGACAUAAAGCGAAUUUGUCUGGCAGGAGAGAAGAGGACACAUUUGUGAAAAGAAGGAUGCAAGAAGUUAUGAUGAGGGUAGAGAAAUUGAAAGAUUGGGAUGCCAAGCUGCAAGUCUCUUUUAUUAACUAUGAUAAGUUUGCUCAUGGGGAAGACACUCCUUCAGAGAAGAGGUCUCCAAAAUCUGAUGCAACAUUUUCUGAGAAUUUGGAACUUGAUACUUUGUCAGAGGUAUGGGAGAAGAUGGAUAAAGUGCCUUAUGGAGUUCAAGGAGAACAGCAAAAUGAGGGGAGAAUGCUGAAGCAAGAACAAGAUGAAUCAAACUUGAAAGAUUUCAUAAUGAAAGAGAUCUAUGUUACUGUUUUGGAAAGUGUAGUGAAGGAAAUAUGUAUUGGGCUAUACGAUAACGACUUGGAAAACCUGCUGUGGAGGGAUAUAUGUCUGGUACUUUUCACAGAACUGAUGAAUCAGUGGAAAGAGAACAGUGAGAGUAACAACAUUGAAUCUCAAACUAGGGAAGAGCUAAACUGCACUAUACAUUGCACAGUCCUUAGUGAGGCAUUCAAGGAUUAUGGCUCAAGUAUUAACUCUGCACUAGCGGAAGCUCAAAAUUUGAGGGAUGAAAAUAACUUGAAAGCUGCAAUAAGAGAGGAUAUAGUUAUGAUUUUAUAUCGUGAAACGACUAAGGAAUGGACUAAAUGGAAAGCUGAUUAUGAAAUUGCAUGGGUUCUUAAGGAAGAGCUUGAUCAGCUGGUUUUUCAUGAGACCAUCAAAGAUAUAGUUGACACAGCGAGUUAUGAUUUGGCUCAACACCAAGAUAUUGUUGCCAGGAACUUUCUUCAGAGCGCAGAAAGCUUAGUUAAGGAGGAUCUCCAAAUGGUUUUCAUCAGACAAACUAUUGAACAAUGGAACAUGGAGUUGAAUGCUUUUGAUAUAGAGAGUCUGAUUAGGGAAGAUAUCUAUGAUUUUGUCAUUGUUGAGGCAGUGAAAGAUGCAUUUGUUCUGCUUAGAGAAGACGCUGAUCCUGGGAAUCAAGACAAAUUCUCUAAAGCUAUUCUUUUCGUGCACAAGUUACACGAUUGUAGACAGGUCAGUAGUACAGAUGAAAAUGUGAAUGAUAAGAUUGAGUCUCUUUUCAGCUUAACAGAAGUUGAGGAAAACAUGGUGCAAAGUGAAAGUUUCAAAAUGAAGGGUUACAAUGCAGACCUUGACUCUGUAAGCUUGGAAUGUGAAUCAAGCCACCUGGGAUCUAGUGUAGGCAUAAUGCUCAGUGAUUCCAAGAAGGGUUAUAAUCAAACAUCUACUGAAGUCGGUUACACAAAGUUGGAUUAUUGCCAGCCAAUAGUAUAUGAAAAGGUGCUGAUAAAUUCAUCUGAUUCUAUGUUUACACCUUUCCUCCAACUUUCAGAAGAGAUGGUUACUUUUCAGCACACUACAAAUGAAAAGUUGGAGAUGAACUUCUUGAGGUACUGUUCUAUAAACAAAUACUCACAAGGGUUUGAUUAUGACCCUAAGAUGACUAAUCAGACUGCUCUGAUAUUCUUCGACAGAAUGGACAACAUGAAGCAUCAUGUAGAUAACCUUGCUGUGCCGGUUUCUUCCUUGAGAAAACAGGAAUUACUGUAUAAGGAAGCCUUUAGAAGGAGAUGCCACGAUCUCUGGAAAGCUGAAACUGAGGUGGAUCUUCUAGGAGAUCAAGUUGAUUGUCUACUUGGUCUUCUCGAGAAAAUAUACACAAUACUGUAUUCUCAUUCACCAGUUCUGCAGCAGUAUUCUGAGGUCUCGGACAUCUUAGAGUUGAUCAAGAAGAAACUAGUUGGAGUUUUCAAUGCUUCUAAAGACUGACUUCUGUGUGAGGAAACUAGCUAACCAAGCUAAAUAACAGAAUGAAACUACCACACGCAAAGACAAAUAGGAAACCAACAAGGAGAAGGAAACGUGUCUGCAACAUUGAAAUGUAAGACGGCGAACUAUACUAUGUAUGGAUUGAACAUCCAAAGCAAAACUAAAGCUCCAGCUAUGAUUAUUCAUGUUACCUUGAUGUUUUCAAGAAGGUUUCUCCAACGUCUACUUCUUGUCCUUUUUGACUCAGUGAAGGAUAUAUAUGAAACAUGUUCAUUAAUUAAAUUCUCAAUUUAUUGAUUGUUUAUCAUUCUAAGCUCUCAUGGCCACACUAAUUCAUGUAGGCUUGUAUUCUCUUUUAGUUUUAGCUCUCUACACUAACUUUGUAAACCGUUUGUACCAAGUUAGUGCAGCCCCAGCACCAGUCCCAGCACCAGCUGCAGCACCAUUCCGAGCACCAAGUCCUACACCUAGUAGUCCACCCAGUAGUCCACCUAGUAGUCCACCUAAAUCACCACCACAACCGUCACCGUCACCUCCAGGAGCAGCACCACCACAACCGUCACCGUCACCCCCAGGAGCACCACCACCACCACUUCCCAAGGAAAAAGGGUCCAAAGGACUGAGUGGUGGACAAAAGGCAGGGAUAGUUUUCGGAGUACUAAUCGGGGUAGGUCUGCUGGGGCUUGCUGCAUAUGUCUACAAGGUACGAAGUGAUAAUGUGAGAAGAGGAAGACUGAGCGCCGCAGCCAGGAGAACCAUGCUUUGAGUAAACUUUUACCAUAAAAAUUGGAAA